ACCGCACAGGAGUACUCGAAGCUUGCACGGCUUCAUAACACCUCACUGUCCGAGCAUUCCUCACCUCUCAAAGCGCGUUCGUUUGACGGCCAUCGUCAAAUGAACCUGCAGCAUCAUCGCGCCUUGAGAAUACCCUCUCACCCUUCCCACUUGAAGGGUUCCUCCAUCUCCUAAAUGGUCUUCAAGAGCUUCCAUCUCGCGCGUCAGAGUCUUGCGAAAGGCUUCACCCACGGUUACGCCCAAAGUGUUGUCGCCGGUGUCCAGACAACCAACCCUCUCGCCUCCCUUCAACAUGACCGUUUCCGCAAAGGUCUAAAGAACCAGCAUGCACUUGCUUCCACCUCCACGACCGCUGCCAUCAAGGCUCUCAAUGCCAAUGCGCAGGAACACUCAGACUCCGGCCUAGUCGCAUACUACACAGCAUGGCAGAAGAACCAGCGGAGCGAGGACAAGGACUGGUCGCAGUUCCAGUUCCGCAAGCUCAUUGAGUGGGACCCCAAGAGCUCUCCCAAGGUCACUCUCGAAGCAAAGGACAACAACCUCGCUAUCGAAGAUGUAGCUGAGCCUGUUCCCACCCGCGCUGUCGUCAAUCGCGCAUAUAGCACAAGCCAAGUGGACGACUUUAAGAAGGCCAUCGGCAACGAAGAGUCGGAGAAGAUUGCACUUGCGCGAGUGGAUGAGGCUAUUGCGCAAGAGGCGGCAAAGAUCAAGGCAGACAAUGUGGCGGCGCAGUCGGUGGAAGAGGCGGAAUCAGCCAUUGAAGAGGACCGGCCAGAGUCACCGGCCACCAUUGCCGACACUCUCGUCAACUCCACCACCCUGAGCCGCACCGAUUCUACCAUCGCGGCCAGCCCCAUCGAUGUACAUGAAAUCACCGACGCAUACACAACAGAACUUCAGAGGCUUGCUGAGAAUCGCAAGUAUGCUGAAGUGCCUGCUGUAUUCGAGGCGCUGCUCCAUUCAGGAGUUCAGCCAUCAGUGGCUGCAUACAACAUCCUUCUCAGCGCCGCAAUUCAGCUCCCACGCGCAAAGCACCAGGUCGUACCUAAGGCUCUGGAUGUAUACUCGGACAUGCUCCGUCGACGCGUCGUUCCCGAUACCGCCACCUACACUGCCCUUAUCGAGCUUCUCUCUGUGCGUUCUCUAGAAGUUGUUUCGUUGAAACAGAGCUUCGAGGAGAAGCGUCUGCGAUAUGGUGGAAUGGAAGAGGAGGGCCGGUUCAUGCUCCAGUCAAAUGAGACCGACUAUGCCAUUCUAACCGAAGAUGGUUCACUAUCUGUCGCUGUCAAGCUCUUCGAUGCCGCUGUGAACGUGGAGUCUGGCCGUACCUUUUCCGAGAAGACCUAUCGUCUUCUAGUCACUGCCUGUGCUGAGGGCGAGCGCGUAGAGGACAUGGUCCGCAUCUAUUCGCACAUGGAGUCGCGCAGCGUAACACCUGCAGCAGACAUGUUUGUGCCAAUGAUCCACGCUUUCGGAAAGUCUGGUGACCUCAGGAGUGCCGUAGAGUGCUACGACGAGUACAAGGCUCUCGCGGUAUCUAACGACAAUGGAGAGAUCCAACUUGCUCGCAAGGACAACGAUGUUUACGCCGCUCUCGUCAAGGCCUAUACCGUCUGCGAUCGCAUUGAGGGAGGACAGAAAUUCCUUUCCAAGAUUGAGAGCGCCCUGGCAACACCACAGGACCUCACUUCUCUUCGUGACAUCGUUGGCCUAAAGUCUUUCCUGCCAGAAUGGUUGAAGAACGGUUCUUUCCAGGAGGCAUUUGUGCACGCCAACGAAGUCCUCAGCCCACAAGCUCGCCAUAUCGCCAUGGCCGCCAUCUGCAUCAAGGCCGCGGACCGUGAUUCUAUCGAGAUUGCGAGCGAGGCAUUCGAUGAUCUGCCUGCCGAGAGCGAUCUGUCUCGCCCAGCAAUGGCAAUGGGCGCUAUGCAUAUCCGCGCGGGGAACAUUGAGGCUGCGGAGCUCUUCUGGAGGAUGCUUGAGCUAUCGCCUACCAAGCCAGACUUUAUUGAGCCUACCGCGAUGCAUAGCAUUGCGCUAAUUGGCAGUGGUCACGCCGAGCGCGGACUACGCCAGUGUCGCCAGAUGUUCGCACGCAUCCGCGACUCCCAAUCCGCUAUCAACCAGAACAAGAUGGAGAUCGUCGAACAGAUCGACGAGGCUAUCGAGGUUAUGGGUCACUUCAUGAUGAAGCGUGGCAUCUUCCUUCCGCCGCGGGCCAGCAUGGAGCUGAUGUGGACGAUGAUCGAGAAUGGUGGCCUAGUCACCCCAGUUGCUCACCACCUACUCACUGGUAUGGGACCUGAGGCCAUCGCUCUUUUGAGCUUCGAAGACAUUACUCUCCUAAUGCAAGUCCAAUCUGGAAUUAUCCUCCAGGGUGCGGAAGUCGAUCCUGCUCACGCUGCUCGAUUUGCCCAUUUGCUCGAAGUUAUUACUGCGACUGGCGCGCCUGUCAACAAGACCACGUCUAGCCUUGUCGAGAAAGUCCUUGCCACUCUCGAUCGUGGUGAUCUCCAACACCGAUGGUACAGCUACAAGCAUCCCGCGCCUGAGCCAAUGUACUCACCUGCGACGUUCGGAAACUACCCAGUUCAGGCGCCUAUGGCACCUGCAGCGCCCACUUUUGAGGACCAGCACGACCCAUACGCUGCCUCAACUGACAACAAGGGAUCUGUCGUCAUCACCGAACUGCUUGAGAAGACCCAUGGUAGAUCUGCGUCUCACCUCAACGAGGCCUUGAUGAAGUUCAAGAACAUGCGACGAGCUGGCCGACACCCCCGCUUCUUCACCUACGCAAAGCUUAUUACUGCUGCCGCUAAGGAAGACCGGCUGAACCUGGCUCACGAUAUCCUCAACCUGGCCAAGCAGGAUGUGCCUCUCCUGCCUCAGUACCGCAUUGUCCGGUACGGCUGGGUCACUAUCCUCGAUGCCAUGGUCGCUGCAUCUCUGACAUGCGGCCAGCGUGAUCUUGCCGCCCGUUACCAUCAGGACUUGCUCGACAUGGGUGCAGCACCUACCGCCAACACUUUCGGUCUCUACAUCACCACGCUCAAGGAGUCAACCAAGACUUUCGAUGAAGCCACCGAGGCUGUCAAGAUCUUCCUCCGAGCCAAGGCCGAAGGCGUUGAGCCGUCGUCCUUCCUCUACAACGCUUUGAUCGGCAAACUUGGCAAGGCCCGCCGUAUUGAUGACUGUCUUUUCUACUUCUCGGAAAUGCGCAACCUUGGUAUUCGUCCCACUUCAGUCACUUAUGGUACCAUCGUCAACGCGUUGUGCCGGGUCAGCGACGAGAAGUUUGCCGAGGAGCUUUUCGAGGAGAUGGAGACCAUGCCCAACUACAAGCCUCGUCCUGCACCUUACCACAGCAUGAUGCAAUUCUUCCUGACCACCAAGCGUGACCGUAGCAAGGUUCUCUCUUACUAUGAGCGCAUGCGUGCGAAGCGCAUCGAGCCCACCACCCAUACCUACAAGCUUUUGAUUGAUACCCACGCCACGCUUGAGCCUGUCGAUAUGGAGGCUGCCGAAAAGGUCCUAGAGCAGGUUCGCAACGCCGGUGCCGUGCCAGAGGCUGUACACUACUCCUCUUUGAUCCAUGCCAAGGGCUGUGUCCUCCACGACAUGGAGGGUGCACGCCGCCUCUUCGACACUGUUCUCGCUGAUGCUCGCAUUCGCCCACAAGCCUGCCUCUACCAAGCCUUGUUCGAGGCUAUGGUUGCCAACCACCAGAUUGCCGAUACCGAAGCCAUCCUCCGCGACAUGCGUGCUCGUCACGUUGAGAUGACUCCUUACAUCGCCAACUCGCUCAUCCACGGCUGGGCUCUUACCCACAACAUCGAGAAGGCCAAAGCCAUCUACGAGUCUGUCCCCGAGACCAAGCGCGAGCCCAGCACCUACGAGGCCAUGACCCGCGCCUACAUGGCUGUUGAGGACCGCGCUGCAGCUAUGACCGUAGUCAACGAGGGUCUUUCCCGCGGCUACCCUGCUGCUGUCGCAGGUAAGAUCCUCGAACUUGUCGGUGGUGGACGUGCGCACGGUUCUGAAGUCACUGUUUAAUUGCACGUUGACAACUUUCUCUUCUUCUCUGUUCCUUCGGGAGAUUUGCACACUACACUUUUUACUUUCGAUUGUCCUUUCAGUAACGGCCGAGCAAAAGAAUCAGUAAAUGCCCCCGCAACUUUCGGACUUGAAACUCCGACAGCACGGCCGGGCUCCAUCACAUUUUGAGGUUUUACUUGUCGCGUUUCUUUCCAGCGACGGCGUUUGUGUCUAGGUAGAUUUCCCUUGCGAGCAAAGAUAUCCUGCAACAGCGAAGCAGCUGGUUGGUUGGGUUGGCGUAACAUGACGGUUGACCUGAUUCGAGGUCUCUCUAAUGGGCGAGAUAUGUUUGGCAUGGUGUUCCUGUGGCAUUGCUUGCGCGGUCGCGUGCUGUACAAUAUACCCUGGAUAUACCAUCUCCUCUCUAGACGGUUGGUUACGCGGCGGUGAAUAGCAUCGCAGGUAGAUAGUUGCGUAUGGAGACACGGUUGUGUGUUGUUGAAUCAAACAAAUGAUACCAA